GCCGCUCCGGUUCCUCGCUUCCUUCGCUCCUCUCCUCCUGCGGGCUGCUGCCGCCCGGUGCCUGCGCUCGGCUCCCCAGGAUGCACCAGCAGGACAUUGCCAAGGUCUGGCAGGACUGACCCACAGCAGCGCUGUACCAGAGGAGCAGAACACAGAGGAGUGGAGAGUGCUGAGCCUGGGCUGAGCACACCAUGGGGGCAAACACCUCCAGCAAGUCACCACCCUUUGAUGGGAAUGAGGAUGUUACCUUCGACCAUUUUGAGAUUUUGCGAGCUAUUGGGAAGGGCAGCUUUGGAAAAGUCUGUGUGGUGCAAAAGACUGACACCAAGAAGAUGUACGCCAUGAAAUACAUGAACAAACAGAAGUGUGUGGAGCGUAAUGAAGUGAGAAAUGUUUUCAAGGAGCUGCAGAUUAUGCAGGGCCUGGAACACCCAUUCUUGGUUAAUCUGUGGUACUCAUUCCAGGAUGAGGAGGAUAUGUUCAUGGUGGUCGACCUGCUGCUUGGAGGGGACCUGCGCUACCAUCUCCAACAAAAUGUGCGGUUCCAAGAGGGAACUGUGAAACUCUUCAUCUGUGAGCUGGUGCUGGCCCUUGACUACUUGCAGAGCAGGCACAUCAUCCACAGAGAUAUCAAGCCUGACAACAUUUUACUGGAUGAGCAGGGACACGUGCACAUCACUGAUUUCAAUAUCGCCACGAUGCUGACCAAGGACAGCCCUGUCACCACCAUCGCUGGCACAAAGCCCUACAUGGCACCUGAAAUGUUUAGCUCCACAAAACCCACCAGCUACUCCUUCGCCGUGGACUGGUGGUCACUGGGAGUCACUGCCUACGAGCUGCUCAGAAGCCGGAGGCCGUACCACAUUCGGGCCAGCAGCUCCUCAAGUGAAAUCGCGCACGUGUUGAAGACAGCUGCAGUGAUGUACCCGGCUGCGUGGUCCCCGGGCGUGGUGGAGCUGAUCAGGAAGUUGCUUGAGCUGAACCCUGAGAAACGUUUUUCUCAGCUGAAGGACAUCCAGUCCUUCCCGUAUCUGUCUGAUGUGAACUGGGAUGCUGUUCUCCAGAAAAGAAUAAUACCAGAAUUCAUUCCCAUGAAAGGCAGACUGAACUGUGACCCAGCCUUUGAACUGGAAGAAAUGAUCCUGGAAUCCAAACCACUUCACAAAAAAAAAAAGCGUUUGGCUAAGAAGGGGAAAGACACAAGCAAAAGCAAUUCAUCCCAGGCCAGCCACUUCCAGAAGCACCUGGAAAUGCUCCAGAGGGACUUCAUUGUUUUCAACAGAGAAAAGGUAAGACCCCACCAUGACAACAUCCAAGAGACAAUGACAAAAACUGGAGGCCCACACAGGGAAGACAAUCAGAACAACAACCUCUGAGAACAGCUCAGACCCUGCAGGGGACUUCCUCAUGGGACUGGGGCUCACCCACUCAUGCACCUUCACAAUGUCAGGCCAUGGACUUGUCUUCUGCUGCUGGGACCCUGCCAGUAGCCCAGGGCACAGAGGAGAGCUGGGGCAUCCACUCCCUCAGCUUUCCACCCCACAGCAUGGAGGGAGAGGCUGUGGGGGCUGCCUUGCAAUUUGCCACACUUGGUUAGAUUCAGAUCCUAUUGUCUUGCCUUUCUUGGGGGCAGAACGGGACCACAAGACAACACAUAAGACAGUGUCCACCAUUCUGGCUCGGCUGGCAGGUGCCACAGCCCUUGGUAUCACCAUGCAGGCAAGUGCAGCAGUGUGCCGAGAGCUGCGUUGUGCUGAGGGUGCCCACCAGGGCCACUGCCCUGCCGCGCCUCAGGGCGCUGCACAAGUUGGCAUUCCCACAUGGAUGGGCUCAUGGCUGGCUGCCCUGGGGGAAGAGGUGGCUCCCAGAUGCAGAGCUUUCACCAACAUGCUGUGACAAAAGUGGCCUUUGCUUACAGCUCCUUUGUGGGAGCUCCUGCAAACAUUCUGAGGGUGGGCACAGGAGGCCAGAGACGAGCUCAAUCCUUAGCUGGGAGGAGGCAGCAGAAGUUUCCUGCCCAUUUAGCACUCUCUCCAUGGGCUGGCAUGGUGGGUGGUCAGUGUGCAGACAGAUGUGGACACCAAGCAUAACAACCAGGUGCUGGUGAGUCCAGAUGCUUUAUUAGUCAAGCCUGAAAAAUGCAUUCACCACAAUAUUAAACUGCUGCAGCUCACUGAA